AUGAACGAUCAUGAAAGUAGUGAUUCUAGCAGUGAUGAAUUUUAUGAGAAAAUUAAAGCUCAAUUAAAUAUCAUGGAUGAUGAAGAGAGGAGUUCAAGAAUUGUAAGCAGAAAUGAAGUAUUACCAAAAGUUGCAUUUGUUCCUCCAGAAUCCAAAGAACAAAGGGAAUUCAAUUUCAAUUAUAAAAAUUCAGAUCGAAUUCAACUGAUUGGCAAAAUUGAAUCCCUAACUAAGGAAAACAUUAUCAUUUAUUCCAAUCUUUUGGAAUUUGUCAUCAAUUUAGAUUAAUUAAUAGUUAAUGGCUAAUAAGAGAUCUUAGGAAAAGUUGAUGAUGUUUUUGGGAAAGUUGAAAGACCACAUUAUUCAAUUUUGUUGGAUGGAUAUGUGAACAACCUAGUUUAAACUAAUUAACUAAAAAUUGGCGAUGAUGUCUUUAUUAAUAUUGAUAGCACUUCAGUUCUUAAUCCUGAUGCUAUCAACAAAAAAGGCUGCGAUGCUUCUAAUUAAUUUGAUGAAGAAGUUCUUAAUGAUUGUGAUGUUGAGUAUUCAGAUGACGAGAUCGAAGCUGUGUCUAAAAAGAGAGGAAACAAAGAAGAAGGAGAAGUGAAGAAGAAUCAUAAAAAAAACAAAGAAAAGCAUCCUAACUAAUAAAAGCAUGAUAAAUAAUUACCAUUUCCUUAAUAAAAAUUUAAAGCUUAGGGUAAUAACCCGUAAACAUAAUAAUAACAAUAAUAAAUGAUGUAAAUGUAGCAUUCUAUGCAGUAAUAGCAAUACUAUUAAUAAAUGUUUCUUUAAUAGCAGAUGUAAUUGUAAAUGUAAUAAUAAUAAUAAUAUUAAUAACUAAUAUCUAAUUAGUAGGCUUUUCCAUAAUAAUAAAUGCAAUAGCCUUAAUACAUGUAACAAAUAUAUCAGUAACCUUAAUAAUUAUAGCCAAACCCUCAAUUAAAUCUCCCUUACAAUACAUAAUAAAUUAAUUAAUAACUAAAUUAGAACUUGAAUUCCCUUUUCUAAAAUAUUAAACCAUAAGAUUAAUGA